GGAGGGGGCGUGGCAGCCGCGAGCCAGGGCGAGAGCUACACCAAGAGGCUCUGAGCUGCAAUUCCUGUGGCCCAGACGUGUACGUGCCAGAUGUCACAGGAUGGCGGCCGGGGGAUCCUUCCUCGCACCAGGAGCAGCCAGCACGGCAUUCACUCACGGGAACUCGAGGAGGAAGGUGUCACAGGCUGGAACUUAGUCAGACAUGGCGUUGCGAGGGACACUGGUCAGACUACCUCCUCUGUGGUCUCCCCACUGGACCACAAGUCCAAGACUCCUCACGGUUCCUGCCAGGCAGACCCACAGCACAGAGGACAAGCUCAAGGAUAUUAUCCAGGCCGCCCCUGCAACUGCGGCUGCGUGUGGUGAUGCCACUCCUGCGGGAAAGCUGGGACUGAGAGACCACCACGUGAAUAGACUGGAGAAAUACUUGCUGGUUUGGGGCGGAAAGUUCAAAAGCGUUGCAGAUGUUCCUGAAUUAGUGAGCCAGGAUGUCUUAGAACGCGCCCGCAACAAGGCAAGAAUCAAGAUCAACAUCUGGAUGGGCGUCGCAACCCUGCUUGGCUGCGUCUACAUGAUCUGGUCAGGCAAGAAGGCUCACCGAGAAGGCCAGUCUCUCCUGAACAUGAACAUGGAGUGGCACAGGAAAGUAAACGAGGAGGCUAAGCUGGCUAAGGAGAAAGAGGCUCAUCAGGUGGAGGUGCCAAAGCUGUAAAGAGGAAGUCUCGCCUUUUCUGGCAGUGGUGGAGCAUUGUUGUAUUUAUUUAUAGAUUUUUUUUCUUGUUAUAUUUAUUUCCAUUAUUUUUUAUUUAUUAUUAUUAUUUUUUAAAAUGAAGCAGUUUAGGAAAGGCAGAAAGGAGAGACUAAGCUUUUCUGAUAUGGUCUUUCAAUAAUAGGAGGUGGUGUUCAUGUCUUCAUUAAUGCUUUUUAUAUGCAGCAUUUGAAUCCAUGCUUUGCAGCUGUGAUCAUAUGACAUAAGUAAUGGCAAAACUAGGUUUGUCCACAGUUUAAUGAGUGUUGUUAUCCAGUGAGAACAGUUUCUUGUCUUGACAAUUUUUUUUUUAAAUUCCUUCCAUCAAGUAGCUGAUAUUCUUUGGGAAAAUUCUUAGGGGAAGUAUCCAAAGUCAAGUAAAACCCAAUAACCUCAUUACAACAGUGACAUUCCUUACCAACUCCUCCAGCAAGAUGGGCUGUGAUGAACUGGUCAUUUAGGAGGACGGAGGCGAGUGUGGGUAUUCAUCAUGGUAGUAUUCCAGGUGCCCUCGACUUCCUGCCGAAGGUCCUUGUGCCGCACCUCAUUCCCUUCUGAAAUGUUGGUCGAUGUGCUGGUUCGCACAUUUAGAUCUGUGGUGGAGAUUAACAUUAGUGAAGCUUUAUUGUAUGCAGCAUGUAACAAGGGAUUAUAAGUGUGUUCUCUCUGAUUGAUACUUGGUUUUCAGUAUCUCUUAAGCUUCAUCAUGGAUUUUACAAGCAUCAUCUUCAGUUUCUUUUUUCACUGCAGUUUCAUUUUAAAAAAAUAAGAUCGGUAGUAAUGUAUAGUAUAUCCUAACUAUCUAUAGGCUGUGAAUGAGCAUAUUUUAAUAAUUAUGGCUCAAUUUUUCCUAAAGAAGAUUAGAAAGAAAUAUGAUGUUUGUAUAUGUAUAUGCUUGGCAUAUUGCGUGUAAUAUAGAUUUCCAGAAAAAAAGGAUCCCCUUAAAAAUAACUUGUAACAGAUAUAAGUUAACAAUAUUUUAUAUCAUUUGUUAAAUUUUUUUUUUUCUUUUAUAUCUGUGAAUGGUUUGGCUAUGGUGAGCAGAGUCUUCCACAUAUUAUGAAAAGUAAGUCGAAGUGGUAUACUAUUUUUGAGGUGGUAGAAAUAAAAUAUGAUGUGAUAUAAAUUAAUUUAAUGUUCACAAGUUAGGGAAUAAUAAUAUGUAAGGGUAUGAUUGCAGUAACUUUUGUACUCUUUUAUCAAGUUAAUUCCAUACCAAAGAUUCCUGGACAAUAAUUUAUUGUGUUAAUGUUCAACCCAGUGUAAGAAAAAGAUCAUAUGAAAUAUGGACAGCUUUUUAUUAGGUAUUAAACAUGUUAUAAUGAAAUAUAUUAGCAUUAAGGUACUUCUACAAUAUAUAUUAUGUUUUAUAUUGUAGACUUUCAUGUAAUACCAUGCAGUUUUGUAAGGUGAAUCUGAUGACAAUAAUAAACCAUAUCAAUUUGACAAUAAGUAGAAUAAAAGCUUAAUUUUGCAAA